GCACUAGCACUGUGACUUGUCAUAACAUCAGAGAUAGGUGUGAUACUAACACAAUGUCUAGUCAUUUCAUGAGAGGAGAUGGUGUAAAAGUAACAGUACUAGCCAUGAUACUAGAAGCAUAGGGUGUGACCUUAGAAGGCAUAAACAUAACACCCUGGAUAGGAUGACAAUUUAGGGGUGUGCAGUUAGGGCGCACCGUCUUGAAGACACAUGACAGGUAGCCCAUGUAGACCUGUCGUGAUCAGGCUGCUGUUGGCUUUAUGGUAUCUGGAUGUUUACCGCUCUUCAGCUAUUAUAUUUUUGUGAUGAGACAAGCACCUGUUUCAUUAAAGUGACACAGCACGGGUCUCUACAACAAGUUCAAGUGAAAAAUGUCCGCUCUCUACGUUGUGACAGUUACAUAAGUCAAAUGUCGUUAUCUGGGCCACGUUGAGGUGGCGACCCUGAGGACACUUUACAAGGAGACUGCAGUUAUAUGUGAAGCAUCACAGUAUGUUAGAAUGAUAGUCUAACAAUGGAGGAAGAGGAAUCUGAGCCCCUGAUACACUCCCAUUCAAGGGAGGAGGUGCCAGGCGUAAGUGCGGCAUCACCAGAAUGUGCACAAGUAGAUAGACUGCAUGGAGGCACUCCUAACUCUGUAGCUAACCCUGAGGUUAUAGGGCAUGUACAGGUCACAGGCCAGCCAACGGCUGGUUUCAGCUUCAAGAAACUAUGGGCCUUCACAGGGCCAGGCUUCUUGAUGAGCAUUGCUUAUCUGGAUCCGGGGAAUAUCGAGUCAGACUUGCAGUCAGGAGCCAUUGCGAAGUACAAGCUGCUGUGGGUGUUGAUGUGGUCGACAGUGAUGGGGUUGGUGCUGCAGCUGCUGGCGGCCAGAUUAGGAUGUGUGACAGGAAUGCACUUGGCAGAGGUUUGUCGACAAGAAUACCCUAAAGCUCCUCGUAUUGUUUUGUGGAUGAUGACAGAGCUGGCCAUCAUAGGAAGUGAUAUUCAGGAGGUCAUUGGAUCUGCCAUUGCCAUCAACCUUUUGUCCAAUCACAUAAUCCCCAUCUGGGCAGGUGUGUUGAUCACUGGUGUAGACACCUUCACCUUCCUGUUCCUGGAGAACGCUGGGCUCCGCAAGCUGGAGGCACUGUUUGGAGCUUUCAUCACAACCAUGGCUGCUGCCUUCCUGUAUAUGUACAUCAAGAUCAAGCCAGACCAACUCGCCAUCCUGCAGGGUCUCUGGUUCCCAUGGUGCCAAGACUGUGACAAGAAUGCCAUCCAACAGCUGGUGGGGAUUGUUGGUGCCGUCAUCAUGCCACACAACAUCUACCUGCACAGCGCUCUAGUACUGUCCCGAAGUAUAGAUCGAAGCAACAGAAACAGUGUGAAAGAGGCCAACAUGUAUUAUGCUAUUGAAUCAGCCAUUGCUCUGUUUGUGUCCUUCCUCAUCAACCUGUUUGUGGUGGCAGUGUUUGCAGCAGCCUUCUCCGACCCCAAGUAUGCUGCCAAUCCCAGUCUACGCAAAGCUGGCGACUGGAUCGCUGAGAACUAUGGGCUUGGUAUGAAGAUAAUCUGGGGUAUUGGGGUGUUAGCUGCAGGCCAGAGCUCCACCAUGACCGGUACAUAUGCUGGGCAGUUUGUGAUGGAGGGAUUUUUGGGCAUUCGUUGGGCAAAAUGGAAGCGAGUGUUGGUGACUCGUUCCAUAGCGAUGGUGCCCACGAUUGCCGUAGCCUUGCUGGCCACGACCGAGCUGGACCAACUCAACAGCUGGCUCAACGUCCUGCAGAGUGUACAACUGCCAUUUGCACUAUUACCCAUACUGCACUUCACCAGCAGCACUAGGAUUAUGAGAAGUUUCAAGAAUGGGAGAGUGCUGCAAAUGGUUGUGUGGAUACUGGCGUUGUUAGUGAUGGGCAUUAACCUGUAUCUCAUCUACUUGUUUGUGGGCACUGGCCAGGACUGGUACAUCUAUAUUGUGAUUGCACUAGCAAUCCUGGUGUAUUUGACGUACGUCCUGUAUUUGGCAUUAGGAUUACGAUUAUAUUCAAAGCUGAAAAUGAUGUUGAUGUCCAAAUUAGGUUUAAGUACAGAGGCAUGUAUGAACGAGCACCUGCAGCGGGAGAGUCUCCAUUAUCCAAUCAGAAGCCUCAAUGAAGACACAGAUUACACGAUGGGUGAUGAAGUGACCAAUGAGAAUGAUCCUUCAAAGGAGGGUGGAGUCCGAUCCUACGGUUAUGGCUCUUUGUGAUAACUAUCAACUCAGAUGAAGUUUGUUUGCAACCAUUUAGAGAAUUUACAGAAAGCAUAUAUCUUUACAAUUGUUUAUAGGUUGCUUUAGUGUCGUUUUGUUUGUUUGUUUUUAUACAAAUGUGAAUAUCUCAAUUUAAUAUCAAGGUUUCAAAAAUGUUGUUUUCAGGUAACCACCUGUGCAAAGAUAAAUGAAAUGUAACUUUGGUAAACAACUAGACACAAGGAAAAAAGCUGUUGUCUCUUGGUCUUGUGAAGAUCCGUGUUGGAAUUGGUCUUCAGCACCCCAACUCAGGCAACUAGCAGGAUUGGGUGGUCAGGCUUGCUGACUUGGUUCAUGCAUGUCCUCGUAUCCCAAAUGCCUUGAUCAAUACUCACAAUGUCAAACACUGGAUUGUCUGGUCCAGACUCAAUUAUUUACAGAAAACAGUCAUAUAGCUGGAAUAUUGCUGAUUGUAGGAUUUGACAACAAAUGAAAAAAAUAUUUUGUCCAUCUCAGUUUUUUUCAUUCAUAUUUGCUGGUAUGUAUUAUUGUGUAUAGUGUAUCAUAAAACUUUAUCGUAUAAUAGUUAGAUCCUUUCCUUCUGUUAAUGCUGCCACCACAACAAAACGAACACUGAAGCAAUAUUAUUAAGCAAUAUGACACAAUUUGUCCACUGGUCCAUAGAAAAUAGCCCAGACAAUAGUGUAAUGUACCAGGAGAUUUGUCUAAUGCUGAAUGUUUUGAUAAUCUGUAUGUAAAUACUGUCUUCAAAUAUUGGAAAACGAAGUUUGAUAUUUCAAUAAGAGUUAUAUCACAAGUUAAAUAUUUUAUUGGUGGUUUUGUGAUCUGCAUGAAAUUACAAAGCUGUAUCUGACGAGGAUGCCCGCUCCCUGUUGAUGUAAUAGUGAAAUCAGAUUGUGGCUGAUUUUACUGUUAUCCUAAAUCCAUGCUUGUACAUAAUAAAAAACAAUCAGGCAGCCCCAACCUAAUAACAGUAAUGAGUCCACCUUUAAGAGUGGUGGUGUCUUUCCCUCCCUCUCCCCACCCCGUGAUAUUGUUGGAAUAUUGCAAAAGUGACACUAUACCAUACUCAAUCUCUCACUUAGAGCAGCAUUUAUUCUCUCAUUUUGUUUUACAUUAACUUUUAACCUUGUAUUUGUAAAUAUUUAUUAACAGAUUUCUCAACUGUCUUAAAACGCACAGUUAUUAGUGUUUCAUAUGCAUUAGUGAUGGAAUUUGUUCCAUGGACUUUUACUAAUCAUGCAGACAGCUAGUAUCUGCAGAUGCAUCAUUAGGGCUGAAGGGACUGUUGCCAGCACGGUUAUUACUGACAUAUGUUUGUAUACAAAAAUAGACCAAUCAGAGUACAGAACACUGUCCUGGGAUUUGUCCAUUCCACAUAGUGCAGUGGGCUUAACCAGUUCCUUGACCCUUAACAUAGAACAUUUUCUUCAGUUUCUGAAUCAGUACAAUCAUACCAUUGUAUAAUAUGCAUUCUAACUAAGGGGCGGUAUGGUAGUCUUGUGGUUAAAGCAUUCACUCAUGCUGCAUGCUAUUUUAGGACCUGGGAUUCUCGAUUCCCUUAAAAAUAAGUUGGAAACACAUGGGUACAAUGUGUGAAGCCCAUUGCUGAAAUAUUGCUAAAAGCGGUGAAAGACUAAACUCACUCACUCUAGCUAUAUAGAAAACUAGCACACAUAGUGAAAUACAUACAACACGCAUACUUUGCAAGAUAUAGAUCAUGAUCCAGCAUGCAGUCGAAAUCAGCUGAACAAGAACGACUUCUAACACGGUUUCAGUUUCCAGUUUGGGAAAACGGAUUUGUCCACCUUGUAACAUACAAGGUUCCAAUUCUAGGGUACAUGUCUGUGUACUGAAUUGUGUACAUAAUCUACUAUUUUUUUGUGUAAUUGUUAUAGCUUAGAAAUAAUUCAAAAUAUAUUUAGAAGGUAUAAUGUGAUAGUUGUUUAUCAUGACUGUGAUUUCUGAAAACUGUAAACAUCAGAAUUAUGUAACUGAGUUUUGCUCAAGUUUAGUUUGUUUAAUAUCAGUAGAGUAAAUGACUGGAUGUGUUCCCAGUUCCAACUGUGAUAUUUCUUCUAGUGAUCAGUCAACAUGUGAUAUGAAACUACAUUCCCUAUACAUCUGUAAUCAAUAGUUACUGUAAAACAGAGUUUAGAUUAUAUGUUAGUAUGGAGCUGUGAUGUCUGUUCUAAUCUGUUAUUCUUUCCUUUAAAUCUAUAUUUGGCAAAACACAAAAUAUAUUGUGUCUGUAUUAGGGCUGGCUAAAAAGAUUGAUCAUCGGAAAUAUCGUCAAUGGGAAAAAUUAUUCAUGAUUAGCAAUAUGAAAACUAUGUCCGCAAUAAUAGUGUACAUACUAAUAUAUGAAAUGACUUUUUAAUUUGUUCAGACAAUGCUCAAAGUUUAUUCAUGGGCUGCUUCUAAAUUAUAUUCAGGGUGUUGUUUUCUUAGUCAUCCAAACAUAAUUAUGUCACAACUCACCAGUAAUGUGAAUUAUAUUGAUUUUUUUUCAGAUUUGUUUUGGCACUUUUGCUCCCAGUUACUAGAUUCUACACUGAUAUUUACCGAUGAUUGAUCGAGAUUUAACGAUUAUGUUUACACAUACACAUGUUAAACACAGGAGUUCAACGUUUUUAGAAAUAUUUUGGGAGUUUGUGGGAUAAUGUCUUUAAACUUAAAGGAUUAAUUUUUACCCAACAUCAAAUUGUUUAACUGGUCUCUUAACUGAGAUAUGAUUGUAAAAACAUUCAGAGCUACAGAUAACUUUUUGGGUCAUUGAGAUGUGUACU